AUGUUAAAAUUCCACCAAAUAAAGGUCAAUAAAGAUGAAUUAUCUUUGACAAAUGUUUUACAGGCGGGUCAAGCAUUCCGCUGGGUUUUCAACGAGAAAGAAAACCAUUAUACUACUACUAUGAAAGUUACAGAAUCAAAUAAAUAUUUUAUCGUUGUUCUCAGUCAACCUGCCGAUGAUCUCAUUGAAUUCACUUCCCCUGACUUAUCUCUCGAUCCGGAGCAUUUGAGGUCGCAUCUAGAACGAUACUUUAGAUUGGAUGUUUCAUUGAAUAACCUUCUUUUAAAUGAAUGGAUACCGAAGGAUCAUCGUUUCAAGACUAUUUCAGCUCAUGGUGUGAGAAUUUUAGCGCAGGAGCCCUGGGAAACCCUGAUAUCAUUCAUAUGUUCCUCAAAUAACAAUAUUGCACGGAUAACCAAAAUGUGCCAUAGUUUAUGUACUAAUUACGGAGAAGAAGUUGGCGUCUUCGACGGUCAGAAGUUCUUUUCUUUCCCAAGUAGUGAUGUCAUAGCAGAAAGAGCUACAGAAACUGCUUUGCGAGAUUUAGGAUUUGGCUACAGAGCAAAAUACAUAAUUGAAACUGCUAAAAAGGUAUCAAAAGUGCGAGCGGAUGGGAAUUACGAAAAUGAUACAGCUCUAUUCAGAAAACUACAAUCAUCCUUCAGUUAUAUUGAAAUGAGGGAACAUUUGAUGGGCUACACAGGAGUAGGACCCAAAGUGGCAGAUUGCGUUUGCCUAAUGGGCCUGGGCAUGGAUGACGUCGUCCCCGUAGAUGUUCAUGUCAGCAGAAUUGCGAAAAGAGAUUAUCAGAUAAUAGCUAAUAAUAAAAAUAUAUCGACCCUCAAAAAACUCUAUGCAGAUCUUCCAAUAACGAGGAAGAAAAUCAAUCUGGAAUUAGAUCAUAUAAGGUUGGAGUUAUAUAAUAAAUGGGGACUUUACGCUGGCUGGGCUCAAGGUGUGCUGUUCUCAAAAGAGGUUGGUAAAGUAAGUGGUGCAACUAGUUCAGGCGAAAUUAAGAAAAGAGCUAUCGUACAAGUAGAUAUCGAUAUUAAAGAAGAAACUGCUACAAGGACUACUUUUGAUCGUGUCAGUAAUAAACAUAGGAAAAAUAUAAAAAGAGAACAAAUAUAA